AUGGCCGACAAAAAAGACACGGAAAGAGUAGGGAAGCUGUCUCUGGAAACACCCAAGGACAGAUUCCCCGACUAUGACCCUGUAGAACGACCCGAACUUUAUAGCUUGGCUAGUCUUCGAGGACUGAGUCCCAAGAAGGGCGCCAACGCAGGCCAACUGAGGUAUGAAUUGAUGCGCGAGGACGAGGACAGAAAGUAUGAGAAAUGGAAGGCACCGCUUCUUGCGAGAGAGUUCAAAGCCCGAGUGGGACCCCAGGAGUUGUCACUUCAGGAUAUGAUCCAAGCAUUGAAGAAAGCAGACGACCAAAUUCGUGAAGCAAUGCAGGCUGAUGAUGGAGACGACGACGACGAUGGCGGCGACGAUGAUGAUGGUGGUGACGACGAUGGAGGUGGAGACGGUGAUGAUGAUGGUGGUGAUGCUGGUGGGCAGGCUCACAGCAGUAAAGGGACGACUCAAAUUGGAGACAAGCAGCGAAACCCUGGUCUACCAACUCCAUCUCCAACUCCAGCAGCAGACAUCGGCGACGUUCAGGCUCGUUCCAGAGAGCCACUACACCAAUCGGAGGAAGAAGGGGAAGAUGUGUCACCACAGCCUACUGGCCGCCAGGGCUCAGCAACACGGAGCCCGUCUGUGAAGAUCGAAGACUCUCCCGAACCAGAAGCUCAGACUGGUGCUUCCAAAACCAUCCGAAAUGUGGCCAAGAAGGCUGUGGAAUUUGUGACCGGCUCCACAUCACAGCAAGGAGCUUCUACAACUUCACCUGAGCCUUCGGCCCCAGCGCAUCCCGCACAGGCACAGGCAGCCGCCGCCGCCUCGACUCUCUCCACAUCACAGGAAGGAGCUUCUACAACUUCACCUGAGCCUUCGGCCCCAGCGCAUCCCGCACAGGCACAGGCAGCUACCGUCGCCUCGACUCUCUCCACAUCGGCAGACACAUCAAAUAGUCAGGAUGAGAUGCUUCAAGCAUCAAUGAGGUGGGAAGAGUGCUGGCGGAACCUCACGUCUCAUCAGUUCAAUCUCAGUCUCCGAAUACAAGAAUUUGAACUGCUUCUCAGGAAGCCCGAAAGCCCGGAGGUGACUAGCAGGGGAAAACGCAUCGUCUCCCAGUGCGACAAAUCCUUGAAUGCAUGCCACGAAGUGAUGAGAAAUCUAUCCGGGAUACUUGAUGAGGCCAAAGCUCAUUCAUCGAGCCAGAUCGCCGACUCGGACGAGCUCACAGAGCGGCGCGAAAAGACUGAGAUCGCCAGAAAGCUCAUGACCAAAGAUUCCAACGAGCUGAGCCAUAUAAAAGACAUAGUGACUCCCUCUCGGCCCAAACUCGUUAAAAUGACUUGGCGGGAAAGGGCAAAUGAGCUGGGGUUCAGACCAGCCCCAAUGCCGGUGGCAAGCAGCGACGGAGGCUCAUCAGCAUUUAGGAGCAAUCCCGACUCGUCACUACCACGGGGCACAGGACAUGACGAGCAACCACGGACGGCCGCCGGCGGCACAGCCCCUGCUGCUGGAGAGUCAGAAUACGUCUUACUUUGGGACCCGGAGGAGUUUUCCGAUGUCCAGGAGUACUUUGACACAAAUGUGAACAAAGCCGAGAUUAAUGAUACCAAAGCUAUUCUGGCAGGAGAGUUCAGACCUCCAGACUCAUGGUGUCCGGUUGGCCACUUCUCCGCGGACAAACGUCGCUGGGUUCAAUUCACGAUCUUGGACGAGAAACACAUGGGCUUCGCGAUUGGUGUGACAAGAAAGCAGCAGCUGAUUGUCGAGUACAGCUGCGGCCAGAACGACAAGAGGGUGAGUAACGGAGUCAUUCUUCCCGCUCUGGAGUACGAGGAGGCACGAGACGAAUUCCGCAAGUUUCAGGAUAAACGAGGCCCGGAAGCCACAGCAGUUUAUUCUUAUGGUCUACGCAGGAACUUAGCUGGAGUCUCGUUUGCAAACCUUGACCUGGAUAAUAGCAUUGUCUGCAGGUUCGCAUCCAAGGGAGCCGUCCAGAGAAAACCGGACGUUCUCGUUCUGCUCCGUUCACUCGACCCUGAAGCCGACUACCACGACAGGUUCUACACAAGGGCAGAGCUAGAAACGAUCUUCAAAGGGGCAAUGCGUGCAUGGAUCGACGACCGAAUGCCAAUGGCCGAUUAUGAUGACGAGGACGUCGAAGUUGCUAAGCGCAAUGUGAAGCGUUUGUUUCACCGAGAGAUGCGCAAAGUACAAGGUCGACGUUACUGA